AUGGAUCCAGAUCUUAUCGUAGAGGAAAUAGGGGAAGUGACCACCACUUCCCCAUACACCACCUUUCCAACCAAUCACAGUUUCUGGAAAAAUGGCACGGAAAACAACCUGAAUAUCUACUAUUUUUAUGACACGGUCCAGUUCACAGUGAUGUGGGUACUCUUCGUUCUGAUCGUAGUCCUGAAUGCGUCAGUCAUCGCCGCCUUACUGUGCACAAACGCUAGGAAAAGCAGAAUGAACUUUUUCAUCAUGCAAUUAGCCAUUGCAGAUUUAUUCGUGGGCUUGAUAUAUGUCUUCGUGGAUAUCGUUCAGAAGAUUACGAUUGCGUGGCUGGCUGGCGAAUUCAUGUGCAAAAUUGUUAAAUUCCUGCAGGCAGUGGUCAUGUACGCUUCGACGUACGUCUUGGUUGCCCUCAGCAUAGAUCGAUGUGAUGCGAUCACCAACCCUAUGAACUUCUCCGGGAGUUGGAACAGAGCCAGAGGACUCAUCGCAUCUGCCUGGCUGAUCAGUAUAGUGUUCUCCAUUCCACUUCUCAUAUUAUACGAAGUGAGGGAAGUACAAGGUCAGCUUCAAUGCUGGAUAGAGUUGGGCACAGCUCGACGUUGGCAAAUCUGGAUGACGUUGGUCUCUGUUAUGAUAUUCGUGCUGCCAGCGUUAGCCAUUGCCGCUUGUUACACUGUCAUAGUGCUUACUAUUUGGACAAAAAGCAAGGCAGUCGUCAUGAGCCCACCAAUAAAUUCUAGAAGAACAAAGACUUUAAGGAAUGGGCAAAUGGAAUGCGACCCGGAUUCGAGACGCGCCAGCUCCCGCGGUUUAAUACCGAGAGCUAAAAUCAAAAGUGUCAAGAUGACUUUUGUGAUUGUUUUUGUGUUCGUUCUCUGCUGGUCACCUUACAUCGUGUUCGAUCUACUACAAGUAUACAACCAGAUACCGCUGACACAAACUAAUCUAGCCAUAGCCACUCUCAUCCAGAGCCUCGCCCCUUUGAAUUCUGCAGCGAACCCCUUAAUAUGCUGCAUGUUUUCGCCACACAUUUACACAAGCUUAAGGCGCGUGCCGCCCUACCGCUGGCUGUGGUGUGGACGCAGACGCAGACGGCACGUUCGCGGCACUGUGCGCUCGCGCUCCGACUCUACCGCUAACUCUGAUCUCUUAAGCUCUACGCAUGCGCGUCGAUCUCACUCCGUAGCCACCAUGCUUAACCGCACACGUAGUGGCAGCGUGUCGCGCGCUCAAGAGCAACGCCGCACGCAGCUGCUAGUGCUGCUGCCGCCGCGGGACUGACGGCGCGCCGCCGCGGGCUCCUGUGACGUCAUGCUCUAGCCUUUAUACUGCUGAGAAGGAACUAUUAUAAACUUGGUUAGAUGUAUUAUCUAUAUAAAUACAAUUUAAUCGUUAUAUGUUGCUAA